AUGAACGCGGAUCAAAGCCAGGGCUCGGGAUCUGUUGUGGAAUGCAGGGAUCGCUUGGCCGUGGAGGAGCAGGGAGCGCAGCUGGAUCUAGCAACAGCUGCCGCGGGAGGCGGCGCCAAGCGCGACGAUGAGUGCGGCACGGUCCAAGGGCAGGGCGAUGAGGCGAUUGCCGACCGGAACGACUGCCCUGUGGCGCCGCGAAGCAACGAUCGGGAUUCGCCAGGCGACGAGGUGCAGCGGAGCCCGGCUCGCCAGGAGCAGGCGGACGACGUCGGCGCAGAGCGCCGCGGCGAUGAAACGCGCGGAUCGGCGCAUGUUGUGCGCCAGCACGUGCCGAGCGCACCGCCGCAUGAGCAUCGCGACGACUCUGCGCACUUAUGCUCGUGGUCGUCCACGUCGCGCGAUCAGUCCGCCGACGUGACGGUUUGGCAUAUCAGCUGCUGCGCCGACCCCUCUGAUCCUCACCACCCCGCUGCCGCUGCAUCUCCGCCACCCGCGCCGUCUUUGCCUGGUGAAUCCGCGGAGCCGUUGCAGUCAAUCACCGGCGCAGAAUCCGCUCAGCGCUGCUGCUCCUGUAGCGGCCACCGCCUCGUCGCGGCGGGUCCGGCGGAGCAAGGGGACGCGGCGGAGGGGCAGAGCGAGCGGCGCAUGGCGGCGGCAGCAGGCGUGCGGUCGGGGAGUUGCGCGCACGACGGGUUCCGCGGGCACAUGGAGGACGUGCCCGUUGCCAUCGACGACCUGCACGCCUGGUGCCACUCCGCUCCCCCGCUCCUCGCUCCCACCCCCUCCUCCUCCUCCUCCUCCUCCUCCUCCUCCUCCUCCUCCUCCUCCUCCUCCUCCUCCUCCUCCUCCUCCUCCGCCGCCGCCGCCGCCGCCGCCGCCGCUCCGCUCUCCGCGCCGUCGUCCACGGUGCAGCUGCCUGAGCUGCCUCAGCAGGCGUCAUCACCGACUCGUUAUGCGUUCUACGGGGUGUUCGACGGCCACGAGGGGUCGGUGGAAGCGGCGGAGUUCGCAGCAGGGGCGAUAGUGCGCCAUCUGGUGGCGGACGCCGUCUUCACGGCGCACCUGCCGUGUGCGCUGCACCGCGCCUUCCUCGCCACGGACCACCAGCUCGCCUCUGCGUGGUCCGCCGGCCAUGCCGCCAAGUCUGGCACCACCGCUCUCACUGCUGUGCUUGCCGACAGGUCGUUGGUGGUGGCGAACGCGGGGGACUGCAGGGCGGUGCUGUGUCGGCGGGGGCGCAGCAUCCUGCUGUCGCGCGACCACCGCGCGUCGCACUGCCACUCGGAGCAGCAGCGGGUGGAGGCAGCAGGGGGUCACGUGGUGGAUGGCUACUUGAACGGCUACCUCAUGGUCACACGCGCGCUUGGCAACUGGCAUCUCAAGGACCUCAAGUCAUCACACAUUACAAGUGAAUCCCCCUCUCCACCACCUGCUGCCUCUGCGCCAACUGCACAUGACCCCUCGCCUCCUGCGCUCUCCUCACCCACUCCAACUCCCCUCUCCACUGCUGCUGAGCCCCACUCGCACCGCACUCAUGAAAUUACUUCUACUGUGGAUGAACUGCAAAACGGGGAGGCCUUACCACAGCAUGUAGCACAUCCCCGGCACCGCCCAUCCCCUCAAGACCACAGUCAAGGUGGGGCAGUGCGCUCACGCUUCCAGGGGCACAAGCAGCAGUGGAGCCACCUCUACCGCUCCCUCGGCUGGCCCUUCCACUCCCACCAUCACACGCAGCACCACACGCACGCCUCGUCUACCCGCUGGGAGCACAAGCAGCAGCGGCACGUGUGUUCCGGGGUGAGCAAAGGGCCUCUCAUUGCAAGCCCCGAUGUGUGGGAGAUCACUCUGACAGACGAGGACGAGUUCCUGCUACUGGCCAGUGAUGGGCUCUGGGACGUGUUUCGCAGUGAGAAUGCUGUGGACUAUGCGCGCAGGCAGCUGCGCACACACAACGACCCACAGAAGUGCGCGGAGGAGCUCGUGGCAGAGGCGCUGCGGAGAGGUGCAUGGGACAACCUCACUGUCGUUGCUGUGUGCCUCACGGCCUCGCCGCCUCCCCCACUGGAGGAGGAGGGCGAGGGCAACGUGAAGCGAGCCAUGGGGCGGCGCUCCAACAGCAGGCUGCCGUGGGCAGUCAAGGCACGCGCUGCUGCUGGUGCUGCGGGUGCUGGGCAUGGGGCUAGCAGUGGUGGUGAUGAGUCUGCUCUGUGUGCCAGUUAA